CUUCGCACUGCAUCUCACGUCAUGAUGCUGUCCCGGUUGUCGACAAAGCUGCCGCUUGCGCCGUACUGCCGACGGCAGUGCCUUUCUCUGCUGGUCCCCGAUGUUGUUGAUCAAGGUUUAAGGUUGCGCUCGGCGGGUGCUAGGCGAAGAUCUACGACCGGGGCUUCAGACUUCUUCAACCCGACAGAGGAGCACCAGCAGCUCCGAGAGAUGGUGCGCUCGUUCGUUGAAAACGAGGUGGAUCCGCAGGCGCUGCAGUACAAUCGCGAGGAGAAAUUCAACGCGGAAGCAUUCAAACGGCUGGGCGAGCUGGGACUCCUUGGAGUAACAGUUGCGCCGCAGUACGGGGGCUCGGGGAUGGAUGCUUCGGCGGCUUGCAUCGUCCACGAAGAGCUCUCUGCCGCCGAUCCGGCUCUCUGCUUGUCAUACCUAGCUCACUCCAUGCUAUUCGUCAACAACCUGGAACAGAACGGCUCAGACGAGCAGAGGUCGAGGUUCCUCCCCUCUGCGUGCGAGGGCUCCACGAUCGCGGGCAUGUGUAUGAGCGAACCUGGAGCAGGCACCGACGUGUUGGGCAUGACAACGAAGGCGGUUCCGUCGCCAGAUGGAUUGUCCUUCAAGAUCGAUGGGGCGAAGAUGUGGAUCACAAACGGGACAACCGAUGGUCUCACCACCGGGGAUGUUUUCCUCGUGUACGCCAGAACCGGCCCCGGUCGACAGGACAUCAGCAUGUUUAUCGUGGAGAAGGGCAUGCCAGGUUUCGAGCUCGGCCAGAAGAUCGAGGGAAAGUGCGGCAUGCGCGCCAGCAUGACUGCCGAGUUAGUGUUCGACGGUGUCGAGGUGGGCCGCGAGAGCCUUGUAGGGGACGAGAACGGCGCAAUGUUGUGCAUGAUGCGCAACCUGGAGAUCGAGCGGGUUACGCUGGCCGCCAUGGGCGUUGGGAUCGCGAGGCGAUGCAUCGAGGCCAUGAACACGUACGGAAAGGAGCGGAAAGCUUUUGGCAGCCCCAUCAACAGCUUUGGGCAGAUUCAAAAGCACAUCGCGGACUCGUAUGCGGAGUACAUGGCGGGAAAGCACUACUUGUACGCCGUCGCGGCCAACCUGGACCUUUCUUCGACAGGAAACGGGCUGGAUGCCGAUGGCACGAAGCUGUACUGCACCACCAUGGCCAAGAACGUGGCCGAUAGAGCAAUGCAGGUUCUCGGUGGGUACGGUUACUGCGACGAGUAUCAGAUAGAGCGGCUCUGGAGGGACGCCAAACUCUUGGAGAUCGGGGGGGGUACCCUCGAGGCCCACCACAAGAACAUGGUGAGGGACCUGGCGAAAAACAUGGUGACCCUUCCCUAG